CUGCAACAGGGAGGACAGCCAGAGCUACACGGUGAUUCCCUAAAAACUCACCGAAACGCGGUUGCUAUGUUGACAAGCCAGGCCUGUCCUCACAGAGACCGGCCUGCCUCUGCCUCCCGAGCGCUGGGACUAAAAGCUCUUGCCACCACUCCGUAAUCCUUCCUGGAAGCUGCCCUCGGCGACCCGGUUGCACUUAGUCCUGAGCCACACCCCUUUCGUUCAGACCCCGCCCCCAAAUCGCCAAACACAGCCACGCCUCUUGGCCCCUGCGGUCUUCGACCCUCCCACCGGUCACACCCCCUAGCCACGCCCACGAGGCAGCCACGCUCCCGCCUGGCCACGCCUCCGUUGCCCAGGUCUUUGCUCUGGCAAGCUCGGCGAGUGGAGUCAGGAGAGGAGGCGCCACACCAGCUGCCCGCCGACCCCCAAUCCCGGCCCCCGCGUCCAUGGCCGCUCCCGGCCCCCGCGCCCUGCGUGCUGCUCUGUGCGGCGGUUGCUGCUGCCUCCUCCUGUGUGCCCAGCUGGUUCUAGCCGGUAAAGGAGCUCGUGGCUUUGGGCGGGGAGCCCUGAUCCGCCUAAACAUCUGGCCUACUGCCCAGGGGGGCUGCAAACACCUGGGACACUGUGAACGCUGUGUGGACAGGGCCCACAACCUCACCGUUUGCGUCUGGCAGCAAUGUGGGCCUGAGGAGCCAGGACACUGUGUGACCCAAGCAGAGGUGGUCAAGGAAGGUUGCGCUGUCUAUAACCGCUCAGAGUCAUGCCCAGCUCCGCACCACCAUCCUACCCAGGAACCGAAGACAAGCACAACAGGGAGUCCCCCAGGCCCUGAAGCCCACAGCCCAGGUUUUGAUGGAGCCAGCUUCAUCGGCGGCAUUGUGCUGGUGCUGAGCCUGCAAGCAACAGCCUUCUUUGUGCUGCGCUUCCUCAAGGCCAAGGACAGCACUUACCAGACACUAAUCUGACCCCAGUGGUCCUGGCUCCACCUUGAAGGGACAGAGGACUCAGAGGCUCUCUUGGUUGCUUUGUGGGUACUGGGGGGUGGGGCAACUUUGGUGUACACAGGGCACCAAGCAGGCUUAGCACUGACGGCUGACAUUCCUUCCCGGCCUGGGCCUGGCGCUCGCAGCCAAGAACACCCUCCAACCAUCUCGUGUCUCAUCCGGCCAGCUGGUCCCCCAGUCUGGUACUUGAGGUCCGCUGCGUCCUCCCAUCAACCCAGUCUGGGGUCUGCCCGCCCAAAUAAAGGACCUGUUUUUACCCCACGA